GAAAGAGACGCGCGCAUCGCCGCAGAAAUCCACGCGAGAAAAAAAACUUACGCAAUUUUUUUCCAACGAAAUUUUCUAACUCUCAUGUGUGAAUAUGAUUAAGUUUAGUGCGCAUCAAAAUGUUUACGUAACCUCGUUAUAACAGUUAACGCGAUAACCGUAAUCUUCAAUUAAAAGUUUUUUAGAAAUGAUAUUUUGAAAAUUUAAAAUGGCGGGUUUUAGAGUUUUAUCGAUAGCGUUUUUCAUUGUGACCAUUGCAUCUUUUGUGUUAACCGAAGAUGAUUUGAAAGACUUUGAGUUUUCUGAUCCUGAGGAGAUGAUGCUCGCGACGGAAUCCCGACAUUACCAGACGGUAGUGAAGCCUCCAGUGCGGAUUAUCAAGCCGACCGGGGUGACAAAUUCCCAUCGCCCUCAGUACAACAUCGACUCUUUGGAGGAGGACUUUGGUAAUAGUGACUUAGAGGACUUCUUUGGAGCGACGACGAAGAGAUCCAUCCUAGAUUAUAAGUCACAAAAGAUGAGGUCGAAGGAAGGUAUGAUCAAGGAUGCGGUUCUACGGGCGCUGGAGAGGAAGGACCACGUGGGCAAGUUCGCGCAGAUCCUGCCAAUCAUCAGGGCGAUGUCGGGCAACCAACGAGUUGCACUUGCGUCGCUCGUGGCCAGUCAGGUCAGCACGCCGCCCGGCAGAGCUCCAUUAAACUUGGCACAGGUGAGAUCAAUGUUCGGUAACAACGACAACACGACAUCAGACCUGAUGCUCCCAAUACUCCUGGACAUGGCGAAUCUCAUCCGCCGCGCAGUCAGAUCUGGCAAGGAGCAGAGAGAAGUCAAACAGCCACUGACACUCCCCCAAGCACAACUCCUUCGCCGCUCAUUCAAUGAAGACACUUACUUAGACGACGAACCAUUCGAAGUCGGAGUAAAAGCUGAACCAACAACCACAAAAGCACCUAGAACUCGUAGGAUACCACCAAGAAAUCCCUACAUAAGAAACAGAACACUAGAUAGAAAGACUGAAACAAAUAUAACAGAUAAGACAGAUCACAACAGAACUGACUCUACACCCGACACUGAAGCCAUUAUUAACACCAACGAAAACACAGUUGAGAGUGACAAGAACCUAACCAAAUCAUUCUCUUCGUUAUCAACGAGCACAACAGAAGUGGUGACAACAAUGAAAGCUAAAGCAGUGACUCCGAAGGUUCCUGACAACUCGUCACUAGACCUGGCAGCAGACGCCACCAAUCAAACCUUGGCUCAAGAUCUUCCUGUUGCUGAGAAGUUGCGGGCCUUUAAUAGAUUCAUUGAUCGGAAAGGAAACCUGAUACGUCGAGGGACUUACCCUCCGAAGCCAUCACCAGCUCUGCGGCGCUCCACCCCAGAGCCGACCGUCAGCCCCAUCUCCCGGCGACGCCCCCCUCCAGCCAGGAAGCUGCCUGCCCCGGCCGCGGACCAGGGCAAGUGUGAACUAUUCACCAACACCCUGUGCUUGCAUUCUGACGAUUAUCCUACGGAAGCCAUAAUCCAAUCAAUCAGGCGUAACAAGGCAGCAGCGGGAGCCCUGCUGGCUGAUUUCAAGGACCCCGGGGAAGGUGCUCUAGACGGAGUUACGGCGGCGCAGGAGGCCAAGUACACUGCUGAUCACUACUUGACUUCUAAUAGGCGAGGCGACACUGCCAACCGAGAUUUUGCCAGUGCAGGAGAAGCAGGGUUCAUGUGCCCAAGUACGGUGAAGUACGCAAGACCACAAAGAGCAAGGGCGACCUCAGGACAGUGGAAGUAUAUCGUGAAUACCGGAGAACACACGCAGACGCUAAGACUAGAGAAGUGCUUGAAACCUAAGGAAUCUUGUACCUACCUGACCGACAAUUUCCGAUCGAAAUGCGUUCAAGUAUACAAUUACCACCGUUUGCUUACUUGGGAUCAACAGAAUGGGCUUCACAUGGACAUAUUCAAAGUUCCAACAUGUUGCUCCUGUCACAUUGAAGGUUACAGUGUCUCUUUCCCUCCUCUUGGCCACAGAGUGCACGAAACUUCAAAUGAACAAUUCCCCGGAGAAGAUCUUUCAGCUGAACAUGGAAACCAAGCUUUCGAACAAGUGCAGUCAUCAGUUCAUCGACCAACAAAAUCACCACCAUUCACUCAUAAGAAACCUUUAGACUCAUUCCCACCAUUCACUGAUGGGCAUAAUUUAAUAGCGGGAUCACCAUUUGUUAAUAAAUUAAAUGAUAAUGACGACACCGGUAAUUUACCACCUACAAACCCAAUGGAUUCAUAUGGUAAUACUUACUUCCCUGAUUCAUUCAACCAGGCUAGUAAUAUAAGAAACGUAAAGAGGCCUUUGUCCAGGAAUCCCAUAGCGCAAGCUUCACAAAACUUUGAUCAAGUAACACUUCCAAGUUAUCUGGAACCACCCACACCGUCUGCGCCAGCAUUUUCAUUCGCCAAAGAUAGCAAGUUUAAACAUGGAAGUAAUUUUAAAAGAGGAACUAGACCUAAUCGUCGGCCAAUCAGGAAGAAGAUUGGUGGUCCAGAACCGGAUUUGACGAUAGCAGGUUCAUCAGCUGUUGAAAAUCUAGAGACUAUGGAAGACUUCAAUGACGAUUUAGAAGAAGCAGAAGUUGUAAAAACUAACGUUAACGUCAGUCCUGUUAAAAGAGCGACUAUUUCUCCAAAACUUCAUUCAGUAACUACAGAAAAACCAUCUACUACAUCAAAGCCUGACCAAAAAACAUAUAAAGAAAGCAUUUCAACUAAUGGCAAAAGGGUGAAUUACAAUUAUCAUCCUAUUAUUGAUUUCUUUGAAGAAGAUGGGAAAGAAGAAGAUGAAUCUAUAUAUAGAGAAGACACUAUAACUGCCUUUGUACCUUCGCCUGAAUCCGAAUGGAAACCUAUUAAUCACCCACCUUCAAGAAAUAUACAAACUUCAAACUUAGUCGGAAGAAAGAAACACAAGUAAGCUUCUUUAAGAUUAUUAAUAGUGAAUGCAUUAGACUAAAAACUAUCAUACACACAUACUCGUUAUGUAGAUAAACAUUAUUUUAAGAAACCAUGUAGCUAGUAAUAAUUAAUUUUAUUUAAAUGUUAUUUAAGUUCUCUUUGCAAAUCGCAAACGUGUAGCUUUAAGUAGAGAUGCAAUAUUUAUUUCAACGAAACCAAAUCAAAAUUGCAAUUUAAUUUAAUAUUUAUGAUAAAUUAUUUCUAACUUAAUGUCAUAAUAAAUAUUAUUUAUAAAUAAAAAGGUAUUCCCAUGUAGCUCAACGAUGGAAUAUGUUAUAGAUUUAAGAUUGUGAAAGACUUGCCAGAAAAUAAACUUUGUGAAUU